CUUGCCUGAUCGGACUCAGUUGCAGCGAGAGCAUCCGCGUGUCGUCGAGGAAGUCGCGUCCCGUCGGCAUCGUUCCAAGCUCCGCCGGGUAACCCAAAUUUGGCUCACCACUCCGGCUACCUCCACUAGGUAGCAGUGCAUUCGAGUUGCCCUGGAUAACGGUGGCAUGCAGUACCAAAGUUUCCCUGCUACUCCCUGAGCGAGUCCUCUUUUCUUCUGCCAGAAAAUGGACGCCAUGACCAGCGAAGCAUUCGACAUCCCUGACUCGACCGAUUGGCUGGGUACACCUCUUUCAGGUCUCAUGGCCGUGGAGCAGGCCCUCCGCUGCCAUGUCUGCAAGGACUUCUACAACUCGCCAAUGCUCACCUCAUGCAGCCACACAUUCUGUUCAUUAUGUAUCCGGCGCUGUCUCUCGGUCGACGGGAAAUGCCCGCUUUGUAGGGCGCUUGACCAGGAGUCUAAGUUGCGAAAAAACUGGGCGGUGGAAGAGGCUGUCGACGCCCUCGUCCACUCACGAGAAGCCUUGCUGCGAUUUGCUAGGACCCGGGCUGACAUAUCAUCGUCGGGCUCUCCAAAGAGAAAAGCUGGUGAUAUGGAAGGAUCAGAGGAGGAGUUGCAUGAAAAUAAGCGGCCCCGAAUGACUACAAGGUCCAGCAAGUUGAAAGCGGCCGAAGCAACAGCCACAAUCGUGCGAGAUGAGAUUGACAUGCCUGAGGACAACGACACUGGGGAUUAUGAACCCGAGCCCGACGACGGCCUUGCCGCGUGUCCGAUAUGCUGGGCCCGAAUGAAGCCCUGGCAAGUCGACAAGCACAUUGAUACCACAUGUUCCGGAACUCCACAGCCGCAGAAUGCCUCAACAUCCGCGUCCAACAGUCGCGGCGGCUAUAGUGUCCCGUCUGUUCGGGCAUAUUUCCCCAAUUCGCCAUCCCGGACAAAACCUCCCGAGCGGCUCCCUGCAUUGGCAUACUCAAUGCUCAAAGACACAGCCCUUCGCAAGAAGAUGGCUGAGUUGGGGCUCUCUACAAGCGGUUCUCGGCUGAUGUUGGAGCGGAGGCAUCAGGAGUGGGUAACGCUUUGGAACGCCAACUGCGACUCGGCAAAACCAAAAAAGCGCAGUGAACUCCUGCACGACCUCGAAAUCUGGGAACGAACGGUGGGCAGCCGAGCCCCGACCACGUCGAGGGCAGCGAACACGGGAGCGCAGAUUAAGGACAAGGACUUUGAUGGGGCGGCUUGGGCCGCGAAGCAUGGCGCUUCGUUCAAGGAUCUAAUCGCAAGCGCACGUAGGACAAGAAACAAUGGCGGGCAGAAAGCUUUGGAGACCAACGAGUCCGAAAAAGCGUCAAAGGAACCAAUUUUGGCACAAGACGAAGGGGAGGGGAGUGGUGGUCCGCCGGCACAAUCCUCGCCGCAGUUGCCCACAGCAACCGUUGUUGACCUCACUUGCUCGCCUUCCAGGAGCAGAGAAGGGCUCAAACACUCGCACGAAGGUAGCAUUGGCAUCCAUGAAGACCCAGCGGCAAUGCUUGCAAGAGAUCUACCACCCGACAGCAUAAGCCUGUCCAAGAAGCCGGAAGACUUACCUCCAUGUAUUGAGAAUGCAGAUGAGCAGGUACCACAGUAAAUUUGCUUGGUGAGGUAUAUGCUGGGUUCUACCGGGCCCUGCGCAAACUUGCUACACCCGUCCCCAGAAAAGGGCUUUGUGGAAGUGGCGUCUGUGUGCUCAAUGGAUUAGGUGGAAUUUGUUUCUAAUGCACUAAGAAUGAAAUCAGCAGCUGUGCCAUUUGCCCUAAACAGAACCAUGUGGGAUGGUGGUUCCCUUAAGAGGCCUGCACCUCUGGACGUUCCUCCAGGGACAUCGUACUCAUCAUAUCCUC